GGAGAUAAGUACAUACCUCUAUACUUCAUACCAUAUACACAAGUUUGAAUAUUAUAUGAAAUUUUGAUUAAUUCAGGAAACCAUUUCCAGCAAAAAAAUUGUCAUGCCAAUAACAAAAGAGCAAGUUAACCAAAUCAUAGCAUCUCAUGCUAUCGUGAUAUUUUCCAAGACCAAUUGUCCAUAUUGUAAAAUAGCUAAACAGGUGUUUGACAAUUUGCAAAAAGAAUAUACUGCUAUCGAGUUGAAUGAGAGGGACGAUGGUGUUGAAAUCCAAACUAUAUUGGGUGAAAUGACCGGAGCUAGAACAGUACCUAGGGUGUUUGUGAAUGGAGUAUGCUUAGGAGGUGGGACAGAUAUAAAGAAAUUAUAUGACAAUGGAGAAUUGCAAAAGAUGUUUUAAUAUAUUACUUUUGUAUCAAUCAUUGGCUAU